AUGGCCAAGAAGGAUGUGGCGUGUUUCUGGAUCAUACUGCUCCUGUGCCAAGAGCUACGGACCGACCCGAUCGCAGAGAUGGGACCAUCUUACGGCAUCCUGAUUCAAGAGACACCAGGGUUCAUCUUGACAGAGAAGAGGAUCCUGACCCAACGUGUGUUCGUCAGCUUGGACCCCAAGAUUUCCAUCGAGAAGGCAUACAACAUUUCAUUGAUGCAGCUUCCUGAGUUACAGACUUGGUACCAGAUGCACCUCCAAAGAGCACAGGACCGUGUGCGAAACAUCUUGGAGCAAGCCCGGAAACCAUUUGUAUCCAGUUCUAUUCCGAUGAGCAACCGACCCAAAAGGUUCCUCACCGCUAUAAUUGUUGCAUUAGUUUGUGCCACUGUCGGUGCAGUUGUCGCAAAUGGAAUGUCUGCAGCCAACUCUAUUACUGUCCAAAAGCUGGAUAUGGAAAUCUAUGCGCUAAAGCAACACAUUAACGAUAUUCAUCAGGUGAUAAACCAGCAAAGAACACUUCUCCAAGACGUGUUAACUAUUGUGGAAGACACAGUUGUUACAACAAAUUUGCAUUCGGAGUUAAUUGCCAAAUCCACUGAGUUGCACCAAAGUCAUGACUUAUUUAAGCGUGAACUUCUAUUUCUGCAUGACCCAAUAUUGUUCCACACACUUGCUUUUCUUGACGAAGUGCAAACUGGAAUGAUCGAAUUGGCAGGGGGACGCAUACCUCUGUAUUUUGUAUCCAAGGAUAUUGUUCAUGCGAUGCUUGCCAAUGUGGAUGGAGAAACAAUUGAGCCUAUGCAAUUAAAUCUGGCCUUUGAGAUGGGGAGCGCAAUACCUCUCUUAAUUGAUCCGGAACGUAUGGAGAUUUGCUUUUUAUUGACCAUACCAUAUGUAACUCCCAAAAACAUUUUUCAAAUGAAAACAAUGUACUAUGUUAGAAAUGAUGUGAUUGCACAAUAUGUCUGGUAA